AUGUGGCAGCUGAAAUUGUCUUUCGUUUUGGCCUUGGCUUUGGUCUGCGUGGAGGCCGAACCGUCACACCACUUUGAUCAUUUGAGCCACUUCAACCAUUUCGAUCACUUUGCACCAGUGCACGAGCAUGUGGUGCCGGAUCAUGUGGAUUAUGCAGCGCCGUUGCAGCUGCAGGAAACUUAUUUACCAGCUCCGGCCCCUGCUCCACUAGCUCCUGCACCACUGUGGCCAGCACCACUUGCGCCUGCACCUGCACCCGCACCAGUCUGGCCUGCUCCCGCUCCAUUGGCGCCAGCUCCACUAUGGUCUGCACCACUUGCGCCCGCACCAGCGCCAGCUUGGCCCAUUCCUGCACCUGCACCACUGUUGCCCGCACCUGCACCACUGCUGCCAGCGCCAGCUCUCCUGCCCACCACGGAGGUGCAUCUGCCCACGGUGACGCAGUUCCUCCCCCCCGUGCUAGAGGCGGUGCCGUUCAGUCACAGCUACCGCGCAAUUCCCGGACCCAAGAAGACGACCCACCGCGUCUCCAUUGGCUACGUUUUUCCCAAGCUCGUGGCUGCACCACAUGCGCAUCUGCGCGCUCUGCCCCUGAAGCUGGCCCAUCAUCAUCAUCAUCAUUCGCUCUUCUAA